GGUGCUUUAGAAUCGAGCCAAUGCGAUGAUGCAUGUAAUUCUUCCGUUUUGCCGCAGCUGUAAAUAUGCCGAAAAAUGGUUCGAGAAAUGAUAGGAGGUUGUUGUGUGUGUUUGGAUGAGAGAGGAUGGACUGAAAACCCUUUAGUUUACUGCGAUGGUUCCGGGUGUAACGUUGCUGUUCACCAAGCCUGUUAUGGGAUUAACAAAGUUCCAAGUGGAUCGUGGUUUUGUUGCAAGUGUCAAUCACAAGAACGUCUUGCUCGAGUGAAAUGCGAGCUAUGUCCGAUGCGAGAUGGAGCGCUAAAGAAAACAGAUAAUGGAGGUUGGGCCCAUGUUGUUUGUGCUUUAUAUAUACCUGAAGUACGCUUUGGUGAUGUUGGUACUAUGGAGCCAAUAAUAUUAUCAUCAGUUCCACAUGACAGGUUUACCAAGCUGUGUUAUAUUUGUGAGGAUAGUGGCAGAGAAUCCAAAAGUGGUGCAUGUAUGGCAUGUCAUAAAAUAGGAUGCAAGCUGUCUUUUCAUGUGACAUGUGCCCAAUCAAAAAGACUAUUAUGUGAGGAAGCUAGUGUGAAUGGGAAUGUUCAAUAUGUUGGAUAUUGUUCAAAUCAUUCCUGUAAAAAGCAGAAACAAGCUCAGCAAUCUACAUAUGUCAGUGAAUCUGAAGUUAAAAAACAUUUCAAAGAUACAAAGUCGCGUUCUAGAAAUGAAAGUACUUCUAGCAACACUUCACUUGACUCUACUAGUAAAAAUAAACAAUCUUCUAAGUUUCGUCUAUCUGAUUUACACACUCUAACAAAUGUUGUAGAAUUUGUAGAUGAAAUAUCACCUGCCACAGGUGAUGGUCCCUCUAGUUUAUCAGACCCAAAAAAAGCAAGAAAAAACAUUGAUUCUGAAUUAACUUCUUCAAACUCUUUUAACUCAAAACACUUGUUUAGUAUAAACGAUUUACUAAAUGAAGAAAAACCUAAGCAAAUUUCUCCAUUAAAUACGCCUACCACAACUUCAUGUUUAAAAGAUAAUGAAAAUUCUUCAUCUAUUCGUAAUAUAGACAAUGUAAAAAAAAACAAAAGAAAAACUAAAGAAGAGAGCUUACUUCAAAAUAAACGUGCUAUUAAGGAAGAAAUUUUACUUAAAAACAAACAUGUAAAUGACCCUAACAAGAAACUAAUUAAAAAGAAAAGAAGCAAAAAUGAAGGAGAGAAAAAAAAAGAAGAAACUAACAAAGAGCAAAGCGUGUUAUUUGAACCAUCACAAAUUAAUCUUGUUGAAAAUGGAAAAAUUGGAUCAUGGGAUAAAUUUGUAUCCAAUCAAAAACAACCUGCAAACAAUUUUCAGGAAUUUCUUGAACAGCAGUGGAAUGAUACCAUACAUUUUAUUACAUCAAAGACACAGCAUUUCGACGUUGCGUCACUUUUGUCUUGCUUACAAUACUUGAAAUCUGACAACAUGAAGUUGGAAAAGAAACUUGCUGAACUUCAAUCUAGACGAGACCGCUUGCUGGGCUUAACUUCCCGUCUAGCUGUCUCCUUUGACAGUGAGAAUGGAAAUACUAAUCCCCUGUCUGCAAUGUUAUCAAAGUUAAAUGAAUCUUCUCAAAAUACUACUCCCAGCACGAUUCCAGAUAAAAAGUCUCCUCAAACUGCAAACGUAAAAGAAAGAGGAGUUGUUUCUUCCCCUGAUUUAGAUAUGUUAGCAGCUGCAAGUGCAAAGUUUGUGUCGGGUGAAGCUUUUUCUGCUCCUCUUCAAGAAACACCAGAACUUUCAAAAAAUAUGAACGAAAAUAAAUUCUCUAGAACAUUUACUCCUAGUGAGUUUUUUGGCAAAGAUCUUAUUCAGUUGCCUCCUUAAUAUUGUUGCUUUCAAAUAAUACUCUGUAUAUUGUGUAGAAUUGAUUUUUUCAUUUUAUAUUUAAUGUAUAUAUUUAAGAGUUAUACUACAAAUUAGAUUU